CUUCCACAGUCAAUUCACCUUAAAUUCCUCGACCCCAAUAUCAAAACCCUAAUUGUAUUUCUGGUAUCUGCGAUCUUGCUGCUGUUCAGUAUGAAUAGCAGCUCAAACCCGCAGCAUUUCUGUCCGUUCUCAUAUAUGAAUUUUCUUCGAUUUAGCUUGUAAUCUUCCUUUUUGUUUUAGUAAGGGUUCCUUGCUUGAGCAGAGUAAUACCUUCAUGGAAUCCAAGCUGGAGAUCCACGUACAGACUCUCACACUGCUCAUUUCUUGCCUCCUGCUUUCACUCGGAGCUUCCAACUCGGGAUUUAAUGAGUCGCUUGAUACCUCUUUAAUGGCUCCUCCUUUAAAUCAAACUCACACACAAGUGCCAUGCCCUUCUGGUUGGAGUAGCAACCCUAGUAACACAAAGUGUUUUAUGUAUGCUGCAAAUAAUUUAUCUUGGGAUGAAUCUGAAAAGCAAUGCAAAUCUUACGGUGGGCAUCUGGCAGCAGUAACAUCACCGCAAGAACUAAAUGCGCUUCAAAAGUUAUGUAAUGAAAAUUCCAACGGAUGCUGGAUCGGUGGAAGAUUUAUCAACAAAAACUGGAACUGGUCUGAUAAUACAUCUUAUUGGAAUUCGUCCACCGCUCCUAUCUCAUUCGCCCUCUCUGGUUGUAUCAAUCAGUCUUGCUUUAACAGUAAUUUGACAGAUUUGUGCACACUGAUGAUUAAUGGAACUACGUCUCUCGUGGCUCAAGCAUGCAAUACGUCACACCCUUUCUUGUGCAUGCUUGAUAACGAAAAUAGAUGUUACGGUAUGCACUGCCACCAGGAAUAUCUGAUAAUUCUUGCUGUUGUGAGCGGUUUCAUCUUCUGCACUACUCUUGCUGUUGUACUAUGGCUUCUCUUAUACAGACGUAAUAAAAGGCGUAAACGAUCUCGGAAACAGUCAAAUCCAGCAGAACUGGCAUUAGUUUGUCCUUCAUGGAAAGUUUUCACACGCGAGGAACUAAAGUCGAUCACAAAGAAUUUCAGCGAAGGAAACCGUCUUAUCGGUGAUGCGAAAACGGGGGGCACUUAUAGUGGACUUUUACCAGACGGGUCGAGAGUAGCAGUUAAGAGGUUGAAGAGAUCUGGUUUUCAGAGGAAGAAAGAGUUCUAUUCCGAGAUAGGAAGGGUAGCAAGACUGCACCACCCAAAUUUAGUGGCUGUCAAAGGAUGUUGUUAUGACCAUGGAGAUCGAUACAUUGUCUACGAUUUUAUCAUCAAUGGUCCUUUAGAUAGAUGGCUCCACCAUAUCCCCAGAGGUGGCAGAACACUGGAUUGGGCCAUGAGGAUGAAAGUUGCCACAAGUCUCGCACAAGGAAUCGCAUUCCUCCAUGACAAGGUGAAGCCACAGGUGGUGCACCGUGAUAUUCGUGCAACUAAUGUACUUCUUGAUGAAGACUUUGAUGCACAUCUAAUGGGAGUUGGUCUGUCCAAGUUUGUUCCGUGGGAGGUGAUGCAUGAGAGGAGGGUGAUGGCAGGUGGGACCCACGGAUAUCUUGCUCCAGAAUUUGUGUACAGAAAUGAGCUCACAACAAAGAGUGAUGUGUACAGCUUUGGGGUACUUUUGCUGGAAAUUGUUAGCGGGCGUAGACCAGCACAAGCUGUUGAUUCUGUGGGUUGGCAGAGUAUAUUCGAGUGGGCCACACCUCUGGUGCAAUCACAUCGGUAUUUAGAGCUAUUGGAUCCUCUAAUAUCGUCUUCUUCGUCUUCCUCCUCUGUAAUUCCGGAAUCCGGAACAAUCCAGAAAGUUGUGGAUCUUGUGUAUUCUUGCACGCAGCAUGUGCCAUCUAUGAGGCCGCGUAUGUCUCAUGUUGUCCACCAGCUACAGCAGUUAGCACAGCAGCCUUCUUUGAAAUAAAAUGUUGAGCUGAUUUGCAUUUUUCUAUAUCACUAGAAGAAUACAGUUAUAUGCUAGCAGUUACGUUUAUUCGCUGAUGCUUGUAAUGAUUCGAAACAUAUAUGAAGUGUUGCCUCGCCUGUUGAAUUUUUAUUAAGAAACAUUGUCCGA